GUUACUAUGCCAACGCAUUGUGAGGCCACUAGUACCUAACACACACACACCUAAGCUUUUUGGGAACUUAGAGUUAGCAUAACAGUUACCUUCUUCAACCAUAAUAUCUCAACUAACCCUCCCUCAAUCUCUCAUUUCUCUCUCUCUCUCUCUCUCUCUCUAUAUCCUUAUUCCUAUCAAGUUUUGAACUUUCCUAGAUAAGUGCAAGUUUCAGCACUUUUUGUGCAUAGAAUUUCUAACUACUGUGUCAGUCUUAGGAAAAAGAAAAAUGACAGAGCAGCAACCCAAAACUGCAGAGACAGAAUCACCAUCUGUUCCUCCUCCACCUGAGACUCAGCCUCCACCACCACCACCACCACCUACUCCUCCUCUUGCACCUGAACCUGAGGCUCCAAAGGAUGUGGCUGAGGAGAAAUCAGUAAUUCCACAACCUCCUCCAGAUAACAAACCGGAUGAUUCCAAGGCUCUUGUCUUGAUUGAGAGAAUGAAGACUCGUGAAGUUGCUGAAGAGAAACCAUCUGAGGGCUCUGUCAACAGAGAUGCUGUGCUUGCAAGAGUUGCAACAGAGAAGAGGCUGUCACUAAUCAAAGCAUGGGAAGAAAGUGAAAAAUCAAAAGCAGAAAACAAAGCUCACAAAAAGCUUUCAGCUAUUUCAGCAUGGGAGAACAGUAAGAAAGCUGCUGUGGAGGCUGAAUUGAAAAAGAUUGAAGAACAACUGGAGCAGAAAAAGGCAGAAUAUGCAGAGAAAAUAAAAAACAAAAUAGCUACAAUCCACAGGGAGGCUGAAGAAAAGAGAGCAAUGAUUGAGGCCAAGAAAGGUGAAGAUCUCCUGAAGGCAGAGGAGACAGCUGCGAAGUUCAAGGCCACUGGAAAAUCUCCAAAGAAACUCGUUGGUUGUUUCUAAUGUUUCAAUCCCCAAGCCAAAAAUGUUGAAUUAUUAUUGUGUAUUUUCUUCUUUGGCCUUUCGAAUAUCAAUGAGUGUGAUUUGGUUUGUGUUGGAGAUUUAGUCCAUGUUCAUUUCUUAUGUGAGCACAAUGAUAUUUUGGCAUGUAUAUACGAACUACUUUGUGAAUAAUGAAAUUAAAUU